CAUCCGCCGGCAAUUGCCGACCGCUCUCGUCCCGCACCUCCACGUCGUUCCCCGCCCAUCGUCGCCGUCCCCUUUCCCGGAGACCUCAUGGGCUGGUUGAUUGUCACCAUCGGGACUCAUCUACGCGAAACGACACGUUCCCUCGCCAUCACCCCCCAUUAUAAUCCACGGGUCCGGGUAGGAGGGGUCAAGCGUAGUCAGCGACAUAGAUGGUGUGGGCGAAGUAGGGAGCUCUAUGGUCGAUCAGGAAUGGCACCCUACCUCCCCAAAGGCAAGAAUAUGAGGGGAAGUACGGAUGAAUCGAGUGUACGACGGAUCGCUUCGGAAAGCUCUGUAGUACUGGCGAAAUGCGUCGGCGCGCGCUCCAUCCAAGUAUACGCUACGAUAUGGCCGUUUUACUCAUGUGGCGUCGUUUUCGUCAGUUCCCUAUAGCAUUAUAGAUGUCCUAUGACACACUAGUACGUUUUCAGACCCUCCGCGCUCCUCCACAAUUCCCGUGCUCUUCCCCUCCUCCUCAUCCCGCGCUUGAGCGACAUCGCGGCACCUGACUGGCGGUCGUCUCCGACCUUGCACGUGUCUUCAAGACACUCUCGUCAUUUUUAUAGUGCAUUGCUGGCCUUCAAGGGCCUUGCAAAUACGUAUACACGCAGAAACUCUA